GGAAGGGAAGGGGAGGCGACAGGCUGUGCGCCGGCCGCUCCUCCCCGCCACCCCCUCCCCCGCCUCGGCCCUGAAGGGGCUGGAUGGGCAAGUUGGACGCGAUGGCUCGAGCCCGGGCGGCGGCGGCGGUGGCCGGAGGCGGCGGCGCCUCCUCCUCCUCGCCCCGGCGCCGGCGGUGAUCGGCGCUAGCGGCCGCGGCUCCCGAUGAGACUGUUGGCGAGCUGGCUGUGCCUGAGCCUGGCGUCCGUGUGGCUGGCGCGGAGAAUGUGGACGCUGCGGAGCCCGCUCACCCGCUCCCUGUACGUGAACAUGACGAGCGGCCCCAGCGGGCCGGCGGCGGCCGCGGGUGGCAGGAAGGAGAACCACCAGUGGUAUGUGUGCAACAGAGAGAAAUUAUGUGAAUCACUCCAGGCUGUCUUUGUUCAGAGUUAUCUUGAUCAAGGAACACAGAUCUUCUUAAACAACAGCAUUGAGAAAUCGGGCUGGCUAUUUAUCCAAUUAUAUCAUUCUUUCGUGUCAUCUGUUUUUAGCCUGUUUAUGUCUAGAACAUCUAUCAAUGGGUUACUAGGAAGAGGCUCAAUGUUCGUGUUUUCACCAGAUCAGUUUCAGAGACUGCUUAAAAUUAAUCCAGACUGGAAAACCCAUAGACUUCUUGAUUUAGGUGCUGGAGAUGGAGAAGUCACAAAAAUCAUGAGUCCUCAUUUUGAAGAAAUCUACGCCACUGAGCUUUCUGAAACUAUGAUAUGGCAGCUUCAGAAGAAGAAAUACAGAGUGCUGGGUAUAAAUGAAUGGCAGAAUACAGGGUUCCAAUAUGAUGUCAUCAGCUGCUUGAAUUUGCUGGACCGCUGUGACCAACCUCUGACUUUGUUAAAAGAUAUCAGAAGUGUCUUGGAGCCAACUAGAGGCAGAGUCAUCCUUGCCCUGGUCUUACCAUUUCAUCCCUAUGUGGAGAACGUAGGUGGCAAGUGGGAGAAACCAUCAGAAAUUUUGGAAAUCAAGGGACAGAAUUGGGAAGAACAAGUGAACAGUCUGCCUGAAGUUUUCAGCAAAGCUGGUUUUGUUAUCGAAGCGUUCACCAGACUGCCAUACCUGUGUGAAGGCGACAUGUAUAAUGACUAUUAUGUUCUGGAUGAUGCUGUCUUUGUCCUCAAACCGUGUAAACAUGUGGAGCCAGAGUCUUCUGAGCCCACCCCAAGAUUGCACCCUCAAGCGGAGGGUCUGCGUUCACAGUUGUGUGAUGGGAGGGCCUCUGGGACUGCCAUUUAA